CAGUUGAGUGCUGGCAUCGAAGUCGAAAAGUCUUGUCACAAUGCUGAGCCGUUGUCUAAUCUUCGCCAGCUGCCUGCUGGCACUGCCUGCCGUUCGGGGCUACUUCGAGGGCUGCGAUAACACCUACACGCUGCAGGCGGGGCCCACCUACGUCGAGUCGCCCUACUACCCUAAUAACUAUCCGGCGGGCACCUCGUGUCGCUACAAAUUCACGGCCCCACUAGAUUACUAUAUCAAGAUACAAUGCACCAUUAGUUUGCCAUCGAACAAUGGCCAGUGCAGCACGGAUAAUUUCUGGCUGGACACUGAGGGCGACUUGUUAAUGCGCGGUGCCGAGAACUUCUGUGGCAGCGGCACCUUUAACAGGGAAUCGCUCUUCACCGAGCUGACCUUCGCCUACAUCUCGACGGGCAGUAAUUCGGGCAAAUUUCAAUGCACCUUGAACGUUCAACCGCAGAGCUGCAACUGUGGCUGGUCCGCCACUGCGCGCAUAUCGAACGGACAACAGGCCUCGGCCAAUGAAUAUCCCAGCAUGGCAGCGCUUAAGGAUGUCACCAGCAGCCUGCCCACAUUCUGUGGUGGUGCAAUCGUCUCCCAUCGUCAUAUUAUAACCGCGGCUCACUGCACCCUGCAGAUUAGUCAGGCCACCAACAUUGUGGCCAUUGUUGGCACCAACAACCUGCAAAAUCCCAGCAGUUCUAUCUAUUACGCUCAGUAUGCGAUUCAGCAGAUGCUGCGGCACGAACAAUACCAAAACGAGCCGAAUGUGGUGAAUGACAUCGCGGUGCUGACCACAGCCUCGAAUAUUAAGUGGACACGUGGCGUGGGUCCCAUUUGCUUGCCGCCUUCAGGCACUUCCAGUAGCUUUGCCUACGAUGGGGUCGAUGUCAUAGGCUGGGGCACAACCUACUUUGCCGGUCCCACGUCUACCACGCUGCAAAAGAUUAACCUGAUGGUGGCCAGCAAUCAGGAUUGCCAAACGGAUUACAAUGGUGUUGCCACAAUCAAUUCUGGCCAAAUGUGCACCUACGACUAUAACGGCCAGAGUCGCGACUCCUGCCAGUACGAUUCAGGUGGUCCGGUCAUCAAGCGCCUCUCCAAGCAGUUCCUUGUGGGCAUCAUCAGCUUCGGCAAGACUUGCGCCUCCACCGCUUAUGCCAUGGGCGUCAACACCCGAGUCACCGCAUAUGUCGAUUGGAUACGCCAAAAGACUGCCUAUUCCAAUUGUAUAGUAUCUAUGUAACUAGUGAUUCCUGCAAAAUCAGUCUACAAUCCAAAUCUGAUUCGACCUUUAACAAAAAUAAAAAAUAUUAUAUAAAAA